CACCAAUCGGCCCAAACCUGUACAAAAACUUCUCCGGACAGCAUAGGACAUAGUACUACUUUGGUACUUUGAGGUUAAAGACACAAAUAAGGGAACAAAGCAUUGGUAGUACAGUGACACUUUCCUACAACAAAGAGAGAGACAGAGCAAGAAAAGGAAGAAAUGGGAUUAUUGGCAUGCUUAGGAGUGAUAUUGCCAUUUCCAUUUUACUACUAUCUCUGGACACAUCCUCAAACGUGGGUGGAUCUAUGUGGAAGAGGACGUGACCCUUGCAAAGUUAUGGCUAUGGCUUCUCACUUCAUUAAGUUGCUACAAUUCAUCUCCCUCUUAUCCGUUUCCACAUUUUCAUGGCCCCCUCCACUCUAUUUUUGGCCCCUUUUCAUCUUUGGCCAGUUCCUUAAUUUCAGGGUAUACCAACUGUUGGGAGAAGCUGGCACUUACUAUGGUGUACGCUUUGGAAAGAAUAUUCCUUGGGUUACAGAGUUUCCUUUUGGAGUAAUAAGAGAUCCUCAGUAUGUCGGCAGCAUUUUGAGUUUGCUUGCUUGCCUCUCUUGGGUUCCUUUCUUCUAUAUUCUCUUAUGGGUACUGGGAUAUGUAUUUAUGAUACAAGUAGAAUCCAAGGAAGAUCCAGCUACUCGUGCAAAGCCGCUUUCUUGAGUUUAAUAGAACAUACGGCUCCCGGCUUGAAGGAGCUGGUGCUGCUUGCUUCUGCAUUCCUGAGGAGUUGUCCUUUUUGAUAAAGUUCUUGUUGUAUCAAGGGUUUCUUGAGUUCUUUCUUUUUUUUUUAAAGUAAGACUUGGCAAUAUUGUGAACAAUUCUUUAAGUUUCUUCUUUUUUGUUCGAGAUGUUGAAUUAGCCAACAUAUUAAAACCAUUUUGCAGGCAAUGCAGAGAAUUUUUUUUUCCCAA